GUUAUCCUGACUAGUCCUAGAUCCUUUUAAUUGCUAUUUUUAAAAACGUUUUAAAUUAACAAAUCUUUAUUUUUAACCAUACUAGAUUUUAUAUAGUUAUUAAUUUUUGAGAAUAUUGUAGUCUUGAUGAAAAUUAACAUAGAUGGUGCAUCGCAUACCAAAUCCUUUUCGUAUCAUCAUACUUGGCAGUGGAAUUUCAGGACUUUCAGCGGCUGAAACAGUUAUCAAGUAUUCUCAAGUACCAUGUAAAGUGACAUUAGUGGAAUGCGAACCACAUGUUGGUGGUUGGUUGCAGAGUAAAGUAUACGAAGACGGUAGUGUUUUUGAACAUGGUCCACGUUCUGCUCGAUCUAUUGGUGAUACUGCUUUGCAAGCCUUAAACAUAAUGUCUGAUAUUGGUAUAGGUAGCAAAAUAAUUGGAAUUCCAAGAAACAAGAUCACUUCUACUCGUUACAUAUACGCCAAUGGUAAGAUGAACGAACUUCCUUCGUCGAUUUCUUCUAUGUUAUUUCGUCAAGACCCAUUUAGCCGCUCGAUUAUAUCAAUAAUAGCAAAAGAACUUUUUGUAGAAAAAAAUGUCACUGAUGAAGAUGAGAGCAUUUAUAGUUUUUUCUGUAGGCGCUUCAAUAAAGAAAUAGCAGAUUAUCUUGCUACUUCUCUUUGUCGUGGUAUAUUUGGUGGUGAUGCGAAUGUACUGAGUAUGAAAUCCUGUUUUCGACAGGUGUUUGAAUUUGAAAAAAAAUAUGGUUCGGUUACGCGAGGGAUGUUUUUUUCUAAAUCUGGAAAUGCUGAGAGCUUAUCAGAUUUAGCUUUAAAAGCCAAACGUGAGAAAUGGACUAGUUGGACUGUUCAAAAUGGAAUGCAAGCUUUGCCAAAAUACUGGGCAGAUUCUCUAAGAUUAAAUGGAGUUCAAAUACUAUUAGACACAAAAUGUGAAAAACUUUCAUUUUCAAAUGAAAAGGUUUUUUGUACGACUAAUUCCUGCGUUUUGGAAGCCGAUGCAGUGAUAUCCUCGCUUCCUGUGUGCUCUUUAAAAUCUCUUUUAACAGAGGCGAAUAGUACUUUAUCUGCGUUGUUGGGAUCAAUUAAUUUUGCGACUAUGGCUGUUGUAAAUCUAGAAUACGUUAACGAAAAGGUUCCGUUUAAUGGAUUUGGAUUUUUGGUUCCGUCUAAUCAGCCUCUUAACAUAUUGGGUAUGACAUUUGAUUCUGUUGUUCUUCCCCAUCCAACGCAACACAACUCUGCGAUUUUAACUGUGAUGUCAGGAGGAGCAUGGUUUGAAGAGAUUUUUGGAAAUCCAAAUAGUUGUGAUGAAAACAUGAUUAUUGAGAGUUCUGUUAAAAAUGUUCGUGAUAUUUUAGGAUUUCGCUCCAUGCCUCGUCGCGUGUUAUGCAAAAUACAAAAAAAUUGUAUACCACAGUAUUAUAUAGGCCACGAUGAAAGAGUUGAGCAAAUAAAAAAUUUCCUAAAGGCAAGUGAUCUGCCUCUGUUAAUUACUGGAACCUCAUGGGGAGGAGUGGGAAUCAAUGAUGCUAUUAUUAAUUCGAAAAAUGAUACAUUGAGAUGGUUAGCAUCAAAUCACAUGUAUUGAACAAUUUUUGAAUAAUUUUAAGUAAAAAUUUAAUUAAUUUUUUA